CAGUGCUGUCUGUGCUCAGGCUCAGUUCGGUCUCUGGUCUCAGGUAUCGCUGCGGUUCAGGAUGCAGCUUUCGUUUGUGUUUUCGGCUUUCCUCCUGAAUGUUUUCUACAACUGCGUCUCUUCCUUGUAUUUUCACAUUGGGGAGACCGAGAAGAAAUGUUUCAUAGAGGAAAUCCCAGACGAGACCAUGAUUAUCGGUAACUACCGAACUCAGCUCUAUGAUAAGCAGAAAGAAGAAUAUCUACCAGCAACACAGGGUCUGGGGAUGUUUGUUGAAGUCAAAGACCCCGAUGACAAGGUGAUUCUGUCUCGGCAGUACGGCUCUGAGGGACGAUUCACCUUUACGUCGCACACACCCGGAGAACAUCAGAUCUGCCUCCACUCCAACUCCUCAAAGUUCUCCCUGUUUGCUGGAGGCAUGCUGCGCGUUCAUCUGGACAUCCAGGUGGGCGAACACGCCAAUAACUACGCUGAGAUUGCUGCCAAGGACAAACUGACGGAGCUGCAGCUCAGAGUGCGGCAGCUGGUGGAGCAGGUGGACCAGAUCCAGAAGGAGCAGAACUACCAGCGGUACCGUGAGGAGCGUUUCCGUCAGACCAGCGAGAGCACCAACCAGCGUGUCCUUUGGUGGUCCAUCGUUCAGACCCUCAUCCUGGUUGCCAUAGGGAUCUGGCAGAUGAGACACCUCAAGAGCUUCUUCGAGGCAAAGAAGCUGGUGUAACUGUGCUGAAGGAGCGUGUGUGUACAGAAAUGUGUGUGUUUGGUAUCUACUGAUGGAUGCAGUAAAAGAAAAAGCAGCGUAAAAAAAGAUCCAGCUGCACCAAGAUUAGACUUGAAAACAUUUGUUUUGUUUUGUUUUUUUUGGUUUGAGCCGCUCCCAUCUACAGGAACAUCCAAGAACACUUCUCGCUAACAGCUGGAAGUUUAAUCUUUCAGACGGAUGUUUGCACCCAGCAUCCACGCAGUGAUUAAUCUCAUGUUUUUGUUCCCUUUUGUUACUGGCCACUUGAGAUGUUGAUAAACUCAUUUCACGUCUGAGUUGUUGUUCUUUGUUUCUAUCUAAGUCACAGAUUUUCUCAAAAGGUUUAGUUGUCUGAGAUUAAAUUUAAUUAAGGUAAGGGGUGAUUGCUUGUGGAGGUUUUUUACAUUACAAUGCUCAAUAACAUUAGCUGGAGUCCCUUGCAGACAUGUUUUGGUCCUUUUUUGGCAAAAAAAGUUAAUAAAAUUGUAUUUAAACUUCUUUUUUCAAAACACAGAAUGUAGUUGAAUUUCUUUUAAUAAUGUGCCAUCACCUUUUUGUUUUUAAAGCUAGCAAGAGGACGUCAGCCAUGUUAUGAGAGAUGAAUUAACUGCAGGGGUCUUUAUUUCUCAUCAUUAGAAAAAAUAUAAUGGUGCAAACAAAGGGUGCAACUUUUCUUGCUUACUUGGUAGGUGAUGUAUUUUCUGCUCAAUGCACUGUUUCUUAUCAAGUUAAAUCAUUUGCAGUAAAAUACAAAACCUGGACCUUUACAUAAAUUCCUCCCACGUUUCAUCCGACUUCAGAAUGGUAAUGUUGAAAUAAACAUGAGUUUUUUGCUGUUUAGUUCUAGAAAGACUAAAAAACAUCAGAAAGCCGUUUUUCCUCUCAGACUGCUGCAUUUUAAUACUCAGCUUUAGCUGAUUUAAAAAA